AUGUCCUCCCUCUCAGAUGAUACCAUUCGCAAGGUCUUUGUUGAAUUACAAGCCAAGUUCAUUCAUAGUCAACAACAAACCAACACAGUAAAGGCACAAAUCCAGGGAAAGCAACGUGAACGUAAAAUGGCCGAGUUAACCAGACGUGAAUUAGACGGUUUGGAUGACAGCACAAAGACCUAUAAGCCUAUUGGAAAGAUGUUUAUUCAAAGCCCUUUAAGUACCAUGAAGAAGCAAUAUGUUGAUUCAGUUGUACAAGCCGAUGAAGACAUUAAGCAAUUAGAAAAGACACAAAAGUAUUGGGAACGUCAAGCAUCUGACGCCCAAGGUAAUUUGAAGGAUAUUCUUCAAGGUCCCAGAACAAUGUAA